AUGGGACUAGAGGAGGGCCCAGCACAAGGGCUGAAUAUUGAAGACAUUCCUAACAUUCUAAAUGGUGAAAUUGGAGACAGGUACCAGAUCAAGAACGCAAGUGCUCGUCUGGGCAUACCACUGCUUUCUGUGUUUCCAGUGAAAAACUACACCCGCGAGGUGGAGCUUCAGCAAAAUGAUGACAUCUUGCUACUUAGCGCUCUUCAGAAAAUACUUUCUUUUGCGAACGACUACAUGAGGGACAUGAAUGAUGAAAAAUUUGGAGGACGUUUUGAAGAAACAUGGAGGAAAACUGUGUGGAAAUCAGAGAAAAAGAAUGAGCUGAUAAAUGAAAUCAAGAGGUCCAAACCCAGUAUCAAUUCAGUGAGUCAGGCACGGAUUCUGCUGGUUGGUCCUGUUGGUGCUGGAAAGUCCAGCUUCUUCAACUCCAUCAGCUCUGUCUUCCAUGGUUAUGUUACCAGCCAAGCCAUCUCAGGCAAUUCUGGUGAUGGUGUGACAACCCAGCUUCUUUCUUUCAGGAUUAAAGCAGGCGAGGAUGGUAAGCCACUCUCAUUCAUUGUGUGCGACACCAUGGGGUUGAAAGCGGCUCCAGGUGAAGGAGUGCAUGUUGAAGACAUUUGCAACAUUCUGAAGGGGCAUGUUCCUGACCGGUAUCAGCUGAAAACAACAUCACCCUUGAAAGAAGACGACCCUCAGUUGGACAAAUCAGCGAAACUGCAAAACAAGAUCCACUGCGUAGUAUAUGUGAUAGAUGCCUCUAAAGUCACAGACAUGCCUGAGCAGCUGAUGAAAAAAAUUGAUGCUAUUCGACAGAAUGCCAAUGAGAUUGGUGUCCCCCAGCUACUGAUCCUGACCAAAGUGGAUGAAGCAUGUAUUUAUGUGGAGAAGGACAUACAGGAUGUGUAUCGCAGUCCAUAUAUACAAGAGAAGAUCCGCAAGGUGAGUGAUCAACUGGGCAUACCAGUGUCUUGUAUAUUUCCAGUGAAGAACUAUAACUAUGAGACUGACCUGGAGAAGAACUGUGACAUCUUGAUGCUGAGCACUCUCCAGGAAAUUCUCUGUUUUGUAAACAGUUACUUUAGCAAUAUCUGUGACUCAAACGAUGAUUUGGAUAUGAAGCACUGUUUGUAA